UUCGCUGCUUGUUACCGUUGAAAAGAUUCAAAUUCGAAUGGAAGCCAAAACCCCACGUUGACGAAAAAUUUUCGAUUAUCAAAAGAAUCUCUUCAAAAUGGCAACAGAUCUCAAAGGUCCCGAAAUCGAGGAUUUUUGUGUGCUGAAGCCCAUCAGUCGUGGUGCAUUUGGCAAAGUGUUUUUGGGCUGUAAAAAGCAAACACCAGAAAACAUGUAUGCCAUCAAGGUGCUGAAUAAAUCUGACAUUGUUCAUCGCAACAUGGCUUCUCAAGUCAUCAGAGAGAGAAAUGCAUUGGCCAUUUCCAAAAGCCCAUUUUGUGUUCAGCUGUUUUAUUGCCUCCAGAAUUCUUCCAACAUCUACAUGGUCAUGGAGUACAUGAUUGGGGGUGAUCUCAAGUCCUUGUUGAGUGAAAUGGGCUAUUUUGAUGAGAAGAUGGCAACAUUUUACACCACAGAAGUGGCUCUGGCCUUGGAGUAUCUUCACAAGCAUGGCAUCAUUCAUCGAGAUGUGAAACCUGACAACAUGCUUCUCUCUGAUAAAGGCCACGUCAAGUUGACGGAUUUCGGACUGAGCCGCGUCCACAUUGGAAGAGACUUGAACAUAUCUGAUCUGCUUUCGCCUGUGGUAAACAAAAAUGAUUACCAUAUGGUUAGGACUCCUGGACAGCUUCUCUCGCUGACGUCUCACCUGUCAUUCAAGAGCGGUAUGUCUCCGUGCUCCGAUCGGGGACAGUCGCCUGUCUUCAACACACCGGAAACCAUGAGGGAUCAUCAGGCAUUUAAAGAGAAUUCUUUCUGUCUUGAUUUGAAUUGCGAUUUUCCCGUCGGCUCAAGUCCGAACAGGAAUGAUGACUCGUUUACGUCUUUGAAACGGAAACACGACGCCGAAUCAGAAGAACCGGAUAGUCAGGUUCAAUUCAAAGUGCCAAGAACCGGUUUGACAGACAUUUUCCGUUUUGCCAAUUUAAACGAGGACUACGACCUCAACAGGGCGAGUACGUCGUCGAUUGCCAAAUUUAAAAGCUGCAGUCCGCCCAGCUUGAGGAUUAAUUCGACCCCCAUUAAUCAUAAGAGUCGGACUCCUUUAUUGCAAACAAAUACCUGCCCGGUGCCGUGUCGUAGUCCAGUACCUGGUCAGGAUAGUCGCUUGGAUUUUGUGAAAACUCCGUUUAGGACUCCACGACUGAUGAAGCGUGGUAAAAGGAGAAGAGGCGCAGUCGUGACUUUCAGUAGUCCGGCCGUCUGCGAAGGUGAUGUCAGUCAUUACGGCAGUCAAAAUGAAGGCUGCGUGUUGGGAACACCAGACUACUUGGCACCCGAGCUUUUGUUGAAGAAACCACACGGUCCGGCUGUCGAUUGGUGGUCAUUGGGUGUUUGCCUCUACGAAUUCCUCCUGGGUGGGCCUCCCUUCAACGACGAAACACCCGAGCAGAUCUUCAACAAUAUCCUGGAACGCAACAUCGAGUGGCCGCCCGAGGACGACGACUGCCUCAGUCCAGCGGCACGUGAAGCCAUUGAGGUGCUCUUAACGUUGGAACCUGGCGAGCGAGCCGAUGGAUCCCACCUGCGGACUUUACCGCUGUUUGACCACCUGUCUUGGACGCAAGAAAUUCUCAACGUGGAUGCUCCGUUUUUGCCGCAGCCAAAGGAUCACACGGACACCACCUAUUUUCAGGCACGUAACAGCCUGCAAAAUCUACGCGUUUCACAGACUGAUUUUUGAUGAAAAGGUAAACGGUUCUCCUGAAAAACCUCUACUUUUAGACACACACAAGAAAAAGGAAAGGGAAAAAAUUCUUUAGCUUUCGUUUUACUUUAACCCCUUAACCCGGCAAUCAUCUCGUCGUAUUCAUGGAAUAACUAUAUGUGCACGAAAAAAAAAAAAAAAAAGACAAAAAAAAGAUUACCAAACAUAAUUUUUUUUUUGUUCUCGUGUAUAUGUUUCUACACUCGCAUAUUUUAAACAAACAAAAAGAAUACAUAUACUGUAAGUGAAAA